UUUUAAAAGUAUUCUAUGUCCGUCUCCUGGUUCUAAGCUACCUCCCUAUCAAUUUUCAGCCAAAUCGGUUCAGCUGGUCUGCAGUUAUAAAUAGAGUAACUAACACAACUUUGUUUUAUAUAUAUAGAUUACUUACUCUAUGGGCAGUACUGUUUACCUCUACUGUUUACUAGUGCUUAUUUUUUAGUUCUUAUUGGCUAUUGCCCGUCAUUUAUGAAUUAUGACAUGUAGUAUCUUACUCUAUGAUGUAGGUCAAGUUUUAUAAAUUAAAUAUUUACUAACACAAUGCAAUCUCAACCGGAAUUACAAGUGGAUCGUAAUAUAUAUUUAAAAUCAUUUCCAAGAUUUGAACGUCCGAAAGUAAUAGGUUACAUUGGUCUAGAAAACCUUAAAUUUGCAAAAAAUGUUUGUGAUAAAAAGGUACUGUAUGAUUUAAACCUUCUUAUUGAACAAGCAAAACGAAAACCAGAUGAUUUGGAUGUUAAGUUAACAGACCUAAUACAAUUUCUGACGGAGCACGAGCGGAGGUUAAAUUUUCCCUUACAAAACAACAUAGACGAUGCAAAAAUUUUCUGUUAUCGAGGUUUGAUGACAUGCGUUGCUUGCACGCCUUAUGAGAAUAGAGAGCCGUGGAAAAUAGUAGCAUUAUUGUAUAAGGGGAAUAUAUUUUUAUGUGCAAGAGAUACAGAAGAAAAAAUACAAAGAAAACAAAAUGCAACAGAGAAAGAAAAACAAUUUACUUCAUGGGGAUAUAAAUUUGAACAAUAUGUACUUUCUGAUACACCCACAAGUGAUCCUAAUCCUAAUGAACCUGUUAACGAAAUGGAAGAAUUUUCUCUUGUAUUCACAACUAAAUUGAAUCGGCACACAAUUGUUUAUGGAGCUGAAAUGGAUGGAAUAAGAUGUGAUAAAGCACCAGUCCCACCCCCUCCAUCAAAAGAAUUAGGUGCUGAAGCAAUAGUAAACUAUCUGUCUGAUAAAGAAUUUAUUGAAUUAAAAACUAAUAGACACUUGGAAUAUUCAAAACAAGAAAUAUCAUUUAGGAGAUACAAAUGUAAGAAGUGGUGGUGUCAAUCAUUCCUGGUGGGAAUAGAUACUAUUUUGUGUGGAUACCGAAAUGAUGAUGGUGUUGUGAAUCAAUUGAAAUCAUAUCAAGUUAAAGAUAUAGCCAGGAUGUGUAAGUAUGAAUCCAUGUCGGGAUUAAAGGGUGCUAACUCAAUGCGACAUACUCUUGAGGUCCUUGGUGAUAUUUCCACCACAAAUGUGGCAGAUCUGAAGUUGCGGAUUGAAGAAAUGCUUAGGAUCAAGGCUUCCGUUUCUACAGAAUUGCGAGAGUUAGAAGCGAAAAGGGGCCGUUUGCAGCGUGAAGCUGCCGCAGCGAGCCUCAAAGCAGACAGUGCAAAGGCGGAGUACGCGCGCGCCGCUGCCGAGCUGCAGCGCCUGCGCGUGUCGGCCGAUCAGGCGCGGAUUGCGCAGCUCGAAGCGAUUCGCCGUGACUCGCCAGAGCUAGCCCCUCCUGUCCAAAUUCUCCCCUCAUUUCCACCAUCAAUUCUUCCACCAGUAAGUUCCUCUGCAGAAGUACAUUGCCGUAUGUUCUCCUGUUUCGAUUACUCCCGAUGUUCCCUCACCUCGGGUUUUCCAGUGUAUUUGUAUGAUCCUGACGUGUAUGCUCCCUUGGCUAGUGCAGAAGUGGAUGGUUUUCUAAAGACCACACUUCGUCAGACUUUGGGCUACAAUGCGCAUCUCACGCAUAAUCCCAACGAGGCGUGCGUAUAUCUUGUCAUCGUAGGCGAAGCUUUUCCUUUCGACAAAAGUCCCUUAUCUACAACAGAUACGUACAAACUGUUGCUGAAUGAAACCGCUGUUAAAAGUCUGCCAUACUGGGGCGGUGAUGGCAGAAAUCAUGUUUUAUUGAAUUUGGCGCGACGAGAUCUAUCGGUCGGUUCGGGAGACGCUUUCAAAGGAGCGUCGACAGGAAGGGCUAUGAUCGCACAAUCGACGUUCACCCACACUCAGUUCCGCGCCGGGUUCGACGUGGUGACGCCGCCCGCGCUGGGCCCGCCGGGGGGCGACGUGUGGGCCGACUGCGCGCCUAUUGCGCCGGCAAGGCGGAAAUAUUUACUUAGUUUUCAGGGAUCUCAACCAACGCCGAAAGUCCAGUACACGGAGCAGGAUAAGUCGCUGAUCGAACACUUACAAAAAAUUGCGAAUUCUGCGCCUGCAUCAGAUUUGUUUUUGCUACAAUUUGAGUGUGAUCCGCCGGUGGAGAAUAGUGCAUCGCAACCUAUUGGCGACUGGGCGCUCUGCGGCACCGACAGAUCCAGGCGGGCCUUGUUGCGCGAUUCCACGUUCGUUCUAAUACUCGCGCCGGCCGAUAGCAGGUACACAACCACCGCACUUCUACAAGCGAGACUGUACGAGGCCUUGAGAUCGGGAGCUAUUCCAAUAAUCUUGGGCGGUGACGGAAUCCGUCUGCCCUAUGAUGAAGUACUGGAUUGGAGUCGGGCGACACUCUCUCUGCCAAGGUCACGUGUUACUGAGUUACAUUUUUUGAUGCGGGCAUUACCCGAUGCUGAUCUUCUUACAAUUAGAAGACAAGGCAGAGUUCUUUGGGAGCGAUACUUGAGUUCGGUGCAGGCGGCUGUAGAUGCGCUGCUGGCAACAUUGCGAACUCGGUUGUUGAUACCUCCGCGCCCUGCCGCCGCGACAAUAGGCGCUCCGGCAUUCAACGAGUCGUACUUCCCGCCGAGGGUGGACCCGCCGGCGGUUGACGCUGAGCCGGAAGAGACGCUCGGGCCUCUCGAGGCCCCGUAUCCGAGUCCUGCGUACAGACGCAACUAUUCCGUGGGGCUGGUGCACGGGUACGAUCUAUGGAACAAUUGGGGCGAACCGUUUGCGUUGUACCCACAGCUGCCGUGGGACCCAGUGGUGACGUCGGAGGCGCGGUUCAUGGGCUCGGCUGCGGGGUUCCGGCCGGUGGGCGCGGGGGCGGGGGGCUCGGGCCGCGAGUUCAGCGAGGCGCUCGGCGGAGACCGCCCGCGGGAGCAGUUCACCAUCGUUAUACUCACGUAUGAACGAGAGGCGGUGCUCGCAGCGGCACUGGCAAGAUUGCGUGGACUCCCUUACUUGAAUAAGGUGGUGGUGGUGUGGAACGGUCCGUCGGCGCCGGGCGCGGUGUCGUCGUGGCCGGAGAGCGGCGCGCCGGUGGCGGUGGUGCGCGCGGGCAGGAACUCGCUCAACAACCGCUUCCUGCCGUACAGCCUCAUCGACACCGAGGCCGUGCUCUGCGUCGACGACGACGCGCAUCUGCGACACGAUGAGAUCGUAUUCGCUUUUAGAGUAUGGCGCGAGCACCGCGAUCGUAUCGUCGGGUUCCCGGGUCGAUAUCACGCGUGGGAUUUGAACUUUAACAAUGGAUUUCUUUAUAAUUCCAACUACAGUUGCGAGCUGAGCAUGGUGCUGACGGGUGCGGCGUUCGUGCACCGCUACUACCUGUGGGCGUACUGGCGCGCGCUGCCCGCCGCCGUGCGCGACCUCGUCGACGAGUACAUGAACUGCGAGGACAUCGCCAUGAACUUCCUCGUCGCGCACAUCACCAGGAAGCCGCCGGUCAAGGUGACGUCACGGUGGACGUUCCGCUGCCCCGGGUGUCCGGUGACGUUAUCCGCUGACGAGACACAUUUCCACGAGAGGCACAAGUGCAUACAGUUCUUCUCACAAGUGAUGGGGUACACGCCACUCCUCUCCACGCAGUUUCGAGCUGAUUCCGUGUUGUUCAAAACGCGAAUACCUCACGAUAAACAGAAAUGUUUCAAAUUUAUAUAGAACAUAUUUAGUCAAAUUAUUAGAAAAUUCCAUGCAUUAUCCUCUAUGAGGAUUAUGAAUUAUGAUGCAACUGUUUUUAAAUUUGGUUUAAUAAUGUAUAGACUUAUAUCUAGACGCGGCCCCCACACACGACUCUGUGCUCAACAAUAAUUCAUCCGUAAGUUACCAAUGCACAAUGAUUUUAGAAUUUAUUGCAAUUCAAUAUUGUAAACUUUAUUUACAAUGUCUUUUUUGUAAUUUUGCUCAUACUAUUUUUUUUUUUAGGAAAUACAUAAUAACAAUACCGUGUGCAAUCUUGUAGAUAUUUUUGCGUGUAUGUAUUUUAUGAAGUAAAUAUAAGAAGGUCUGUUUUAUAAGUUACAAGUAAAUUUCAUUGCGCAGUUUUUGUAUUUAAAAGCUAAUGUAGAUACUACUAAUUUUUUUUACUAUUUAUUUAAGAGCAUAGAUUACAGUGUGACCUUUGUAUUUCGUCGGCUUAUACAUAUAUAUAAUGAAUAGUAUUUAUUCGGAAGUUGUGAAACAGACCCCGAAUCUGUUAGAAAUAAUAUUGUAUAUGUCUUAUGUUUGCUCUGCUUGUUUAUGGAAUUGCUGAAUUGCUAGAGGGAAUAUAGGAUCCGUCCAUUACUUUCAGAAAUAGUAAAUAACAACACACUUAUUAUUUGAUUAACGAUAAAUAUUUGAAUUGUUGAAUAAUAUUAGAGUUAUUAUAUAACAAUAGGUAUUGCAGGUAUAAUAGAAGACUUCCAUUAAUUAGAGAAAAGGUUGUUGGUCUUGAGUCUGUCCUAGUCUUUAUUUGAUCUAUAAUAUUGUCUCGUAUGCUUGUUACGAUGAAGAAAACUGCAGUUUUGUGAAGAAGUAUAUCGUACAGUUUGAGUAAAAUUUUAUGGUCGGCUUGAAUUUAGUCAAUUAUAUAGCCCGUUACAUUAGUACGGAACAGUACACUACAGAAUUCCAAUAAAUGAUCCCUUUUCUUUUUUUAAUUCAUAGUGAAAAUGGGCCAGAGAUUUUUUUACAUGCCGGCAAAUGACUUGUUUUGAUUGGUUUAUUCUCGCGCUCGGAUUAAAAAUUAUGAUUGAAAGCGUUUACUGAAAACGGACGUCACCGUCUAGUCUCUGAAAAUAGAAUAUAGACUAAUAUCGGGCGAUCCACGGAUCGACAAGAUCGUUCAUAGCUUUAUUAUGAUGUUUGAUUUUGUACAUUAUUCUAUAUGUAAUGGUUAAUAAUACGAAAAAGGAGCACUCCUGCGAAAACUGCAUAACAAUUGGUUAAAAAAUGAACGAGUAAUUCAUAUUUAAAAUAUUGUAACGUGCAGAAGUGGGCGCGAUGUGGGGAUAUCGCUUCAUCUCUUUUUUUCGCACGCGUCGUAAUUCCCGAUGACGUCACAUGUGGAGAUUUCGUCUCUUUUCUGUUUCUUGUUAAUUACCCCUUCCACCGAAAUUCAAAGCCUUAUAACUUGUUGAUUUUUUACCGGAUUUUAAUAAUUCCUUCUGUGUUAUAAUUUAUAUUACGUAAAUAUUUGAUAAUAGUUAAGAACAAAAAUGAGUCCGGUACCCUAUUCGUUUAUAGUCCUACUUGUAGGUCGAUUUUCAAAUGUCAAUCCAGUGUUUUGUUAUUGUUAAGUUUAUUUUUUAUUAAUAAUUCAACUAGAUAUAUUUUACUAAACGGAAUAAACUUAUUUCCAAAUAGAAAUUUUCGCUAGAUAUAAUACCAAAUUGAAUUGACAAAGGCAAAAAAAAUAUUUUAUUGCAAAUUCAUCCGUAAUUUAGCUUGACAACUUUAUAAAUUUCUCACAGAAAAAUAAUUCUAAUAACGAAUAAUAUGUCCACAUUGUAAAUAAACAUUUAAAGUAUGGUACAUACAUACAAUAAUUAGUGUAUAAUUGAUAUGCUUAAGAGAACAAUAAAUACCUUCGUUUUAUAUAUAAUUUAAAUCAGAAUAGUCUAUUGCAUAGUUUUCGAAACGAUUAACGGUUCAUCUGGGUUUGUAUUACUCGCACAGUUUUUUAAACGAUAUAAUUUUGUACAACGAAUAACGAAAUACAUUAUUUGACUCUUGUGUUGUCACAAACACACUUAAGAGUGUAUUUAUGAUCUACUGCUGAGGACUCGGUGCACAUUGAAAUUUGUUUUGCAACAAUAAGGGCAUGUUCAUUACUUGUGAUGUCACACAGUCCAGUAAGAUGUUUUUGACAAAGUGACUCCACGACAAAAUGUUAUUUUAAACAUCACAUGAAAAUGCUUCUUUUUAUAUCUAGCUUAAUAUUUGUAUGUAUCUUGAAAAUGAUUUUUAAUUUAGGUUUUUUUCUAAAGCAGCACUAAAUAUUCUCCCGUUCGGCAUUAAAUGGCGAUAAGCAUCUUAUAAAUAUGCAAUGCUCAGACCUGUCUGUUGAACAAUAUAUUGUCCUGGGUACGUAACUUUAUUUUGUCUUGGAGAUUACAUCACACGAUGCAUUUUUUUUACUUGUCAUUAGCCGUUAGUGACAUUACGAUGUAUAAACUAGAGCCUAGAAAUAUUUAGCGAGGUAUUAUAUAGAGUACAAUAGUGUUAUAAUUAUGUUUCGAACAAAUUGUAUCAUAUUAUGACAGUGUUCUAUAAUAAAUUAAUUUUGAACUGAUUUUAUAAA